CUGACAAACUUUCCACUUCGACAUCGUUUCGAAGCAAUUUUCUGACUGAAAAUCUACCGAAAUGAAGUGCCACUACGAAGUGCUCGGACUACCUCGCACGGCUGAAGGAGAGGAAAUCAAAAAAUCGUACCGCAAGCUCGCCCUCCGGUGGCAUCCGGACAAGAACCUCGACAACCCGGAAGAAGCGAAUCAACAGUUUCUGCUCGUGCAAGCGGCUUACGAUGUGCUUUCCGAUCCACAGGAACGAGCAUGGUACGAUAACCAUCGCGAACAGAUCCUACGAGGUGGUCAUACCGAUUACGAGGACAAUUCGCUGGACGUGUUUCCUUACUUUACCACCUCCUGCUACAAGGGCUACGGGGACGAUCCGGGCGGUUUCUACGCAGUUUACGCCGAAGUGUUCGACAAGCUGGCUGCAGAAGAGGUUGAAUUUAUGGACACCGAGGAAGAGUACGAAACGAUUCCAAAGUUCGGUAACGGACAGUCCGACUACGAAACGGUUGUCCGCCUGUUUUACGGCUUUUGGGAAGGGUUUUGCACGAAGAAAAGUUACGCCUGGCUCAACCCGCACAAUGUUGCCGAGAUACGGGACCGGCGGAUACUGAAGGCGAUUGAUAAGGAGAACAAAAAGGUGCAGCAGAAGGCACGCAAAGAACGGAACGAGGAAAUUCGUAGUUUGGUGCUAUUCGUGAAGAAACGCGACAAGCGAGUGAACGCGUACAAGAAGCUGCUGGAGGAGAAAGCAACGCAGAACCGGUUAAAGUCGCAGCAGAACCGACUGGAUCAGAUACGCCGCAAUCAGUUGGAAAUUGAAGAGCAACAGCGUAACUCUUCGAAUCUUUUCGACCAGGCGUACGAGGAGCAGUUAAGGAGGAAACUUGAGGCCGAAACAACGGAAGAUGAAACGGACGACUAUGAGGAUGACGCCGUGGGAGAUACCAACGGUCUGGAGGAUGCGAUGGCCGGGUUGAUCGUGGGCCAGAACGAAAACGGAGAGGAAAGCUUCUACGUGGAUGAUCUCUACUGCGUUGCCUGUGAUAAAAUGUUUACGAAUCGAAGUUCGUUUGAAAAUCACGAAUCCUCAAAGAAGCACAAGCAGAAUGUGGAGCUGCUGAGAAAAGCAAUGCGAGAAGAAUCGCAAGAAUUUGACCAACCGGAAGAAACGGUCCCAGAGCAGGAGGAAUCUACUGUGUUGCCCAAUGCCGAACAGGAGCCGACCGAUGGUGCUGUAAAUGGAAGCGACAUCGAACAAGAGUCCAAUGAGAAACCUGCCAAAAGCAAACAGAAGAAGAACAAAAGCAAAAAGAAAACACUUAAUAACGUUUCUGUGAUAAAAUCGUCCGAUGACGAAGAUCCGACGAGUGGCCUGCAGCAGGACAUCGAUAUGGUUGGGUUACGGUUGGGCAAGAAAGGGGCUGUCGAUAGUGACGACGACGAUGAUUGGGGUAGUGGAAGUAAAAAACCGGCUCGAAAGGGUAAAGGCAAAGCAACUACCGCUGGCCGAAAGGGUAAGGGUCAACCAGAUGGACCACCGAAGGCACCGGAAAGCGACCAGAAACCAGUAGAUACGCCAGCUCCGAAGAAAGGUACUCUGAAAACCUCCGAGCCACCACCAUCUGAUGAAGAGGGUCCACAACAGACGGAUCAUUCGUGUGUGACCUGCAAGGAAAAGUUCUCCUCGAAGAACAAGCUGUUCGAUCAUCUCAAAAAAACUGGACACAGUGUGUAUAUAGAUAAGUUAAAAGAGUCCAAGGCGGCCGCCAGUGGGAAGGGAAAGCGAAAAGGCAAGUAAGAUGAAGGCACCGAGGGAAGUAAAGUUUGUUUGAAUAUAAAAAAUAUAUAUUUAUUUGCUCAUCAAAAUCAUGGCUUAUCGAAAUUAUGCGAAAUACUUUGAAUAUAUAGAGAGCUAGAAUACAUAGAAUGUUAUUAAAUGCCG